AUGAAUACCAAGAUCAUCGCAGCGUACGAGCCUCAAGACAACAAACCGGACUUUAGAGUUCAACAGGCCACUCUACGAGCCAUUAAUCAUGACGAACUUUUAAUUCGAGUUGUUGCCACUGGAGUCUGCCACACAGAUUUAAUCUUUGCAACCUGGCCUGCCGAUCAGAUCCCGUAUCCUAAGGUUCUCGGACACGAAGGCUCGGGAGUCGUGGUAGAGGCAGGAUCCAAUGUGUCAAAAGCCCGAGUUGGCGACUCAGUACUCCUCUCGUUCCAGAACUGCAAGUCCUGCCACGACUGCCAAGAAGGGCAUCCAGCUUUCUGCAGCAACUUCACGGCCGCGAACUACGGGGGAGAAGCCGCCGGCUACUCCGCAGACGGCAAAGAUCUGCGUGGGAGCUUUUUCGGACAGUCGUCAUUCUCUGAAUUGGCCGUUGUCAAAGAAACGAGCAUCGUCAACGUAUCCAAGCUUACCAAAAGUGAAGAUGAGUUGAGAUUAUUUGCGCCACUUGGCUGUGGCUUUCAGACUGGUGCUGGGACAGUUGACAACGUUGCUCAAGCCAGUGAGAAGGAUAUACUUGUUGUUGCAGGCCUUGGCGGUGUGGGACUGGUUUCUAUCAUGACCGCUAGGUUAAAGUGCUGUAAAAUCAUUAUUGGUAUUGAUCGAUUGUCUGAUAGACUACAGUUGGCAAAAUCUCUAGGAGCAACCCACGUGAUCAACACAGCCAACAAAGAUCUCGAUAUACAACAGGAGAUCCAGAACAUUACAGGUGGAAAAGGAUCUACUAUCACCAUUGAUACAACGGGCAACAUGGACAUCAUUCGAGCAGGCAUGGAGUUUACUGCCAACAGAGGCCAGUUGAUCAUUGUGGGAGUCCCACCACUUGACGCAUUUUUGGACGUGCAUAUUAUACGCUUUAUGCAGAGUGGAAAAAUCAUCCGGGGCAGCAUAGAGGGAGAUGUCAUCCCUUCAGAAUACAUACCAAAAAUGCUCCGAUGGUAUCGAGACGGACUAUUUCCGAUUGACAAGCUAAUUAGCUUCUACAAGCCUGAAGAUCUUGAGACUGCUUUGGAGGACAUGCGGAGUGGCAGAACUGUAAAGCCAGUUAUUCUGUGGUAG